AACAUUUAGGACAGAAUCUGCGCUGAAACCCAGAAGAAGAAGAAGAACCGGAAGCGUGGCACAGGUUUCCUGACGGAUCAGCGGGUUGACAGCUUUAACUAGCAGCAUAACCAGCAGUUUAACCAGUUUCCAGGAGGACCAGACCGCCGGACUGAAGAGUCACGAUGACAGCCGCUCCCUACAACUACUCAUACAUCUUCAAAUACAUCAUAAUCGGAGAUAUGGGCGUCGGGAAGUCGUGUUUGCUGCAUCAAUUCACGGAGAAAAAAUUCAUGGCCGACUGUCCUCACACCAUCGGCGUGGAGUUUGGGACGAGGAUCAUGGAGGUCCACGGACAGAAGGUGAAGCUGCAGAUUUGGGACACUGCCGGUCAGGAGCGCUUCAGGGCCGUCACCAGGUCCUACUACAGAGGGGCUGCGGGGGCCCUCAUGGUCUAUGACAUCACCAGGAGAAGUACCUAUAAUCACCUGAGCAGCUGGCUGACGGACGCCCGGAACCUGACCAACCCAAACACGGUGAUCAUCCUGAUCGGGAACAAGGCCGACCUGGAGGCUCAGAGAGACGUCACGUACGAGGAGGCCAAGCAGUUCGCCGAGGAGAACGGUCUGCUGUUCCUGGAAGCCAGCGCUAAAACAGGAGAAAACGUGGAGGAGGCCUUCCUGGAGGCAGCCAAGAAGAUCUACCAGAACAUCCAGGAUGGCAGUCUGGACCUGAACGCUGCAGAGUCCGGGGUCCAACACAAACCCUCAGCGCCGCAGGGAGGCCGCCUGAACGCCGACAGCCAGCCGGCUAAAGAGGGCUGCAGCUGCUAACCUCAGAACCGUCAGCCCGGCCAACAGACGGACCGAGACAACCACCACCACGCAGAGCGAGAUCAGUCCAAAAACCUGUUCUCCAAUCAGAUCAGAACCCAAAUCAUUCAUCCAAUCAGCUAAAUCAUUUUACUGUCUGACCCUCCUCUGGACCAGAUCCAGCUCAGCUGACAAGUCCGGACCCAGUUAGAACCUCAAUCUGUCCCAGAAUAAGGCACAAGAACUCAAUAAACUGAUCUGACACAGUGUUCCUGGGCCCAGCACCAGAGUUCCCUUCCAGGCCCGGACCUCCGCUGGUCCAACUCGACUAAAGCUUAUCAGAAGAUCCAGGUCUGAACAGGUGACGUGGUCUUUGCCGCUCAGAACCUUGUUUCUGGAAAAUCUGACUGCACCUAAUCCCGGAACAUUUUCUCUAGUCUGUGUCCAGUCAGAACCGAGUCACAGAAAAGGCCGAGACGAAGCCCGCAGAUAAAGAUUGAAGCUGAGCCCCAAAACGUUCUCCUUACUUUUUAGUCCAAACGUUUCCUAAGCCUGGAAUUUAGUUGAACCGGUGCUGGUACACAUUACGACUGCAUCGGGUCCAAUAAGUCCUCAACGAUCAAUAUCCGUCUGGACUAUUGGUUCAGACUCUGGAAACAGGCUGUUGGGUCGAGUCUGGAAUCAGAUUCCAGAUCUAAACCAUGAGCGUCCUGGGAAACCAGAACCUAAAGGUCCAGAUUUGGCCAGAGUUAAGAAAAUCCUGGUUUUAACAGGAAACACAGCAUCCAGAACCUGAUCCCAGACUAGGCCUAACCCAAGACCAGAAUCAGGAGUCUCUCGCAGAGGUUCUGAAGAGUCUGGAAAAUGUCACAGUCCAAACUGUGGGUUCAAAGCAGAAGGCUUCCAGAUUUUUCUCCGGACCCGUCUACAAUCCAGGUCAUGAGCUCUUAAAAACCACAAAUUCUAGCAGAUCCCAGUCUGGAUGUCUGGACUUCCCAGCAGGUUUCCGGGUUUACUCAGUCGGUACUUUGGUUCUAGUCUUGACUAGGGAUAGGUGACAUGCAGUCCAGAUGUUAUUUAUGACCCGAAGUUCUGCAGUGGUCCAUCCCACCUCGGAAAAGCUGCAGCUGAUCCGUCUGCUUUUGGUGCUCAGCAACACGAAGCUUCUUCAGGAAUCGUCCAAUCGGUGGCCGCCUAGUGAUCAGUCUAUCCAAUCAGAACACAGAACCCGGGGUGCGUUUGGUUUCCAUGGAUCUGAGUGUAAAUCAGUGGAGCGGUCCUUUACCUGCUGACAGACCGAUGGGAAAAAAACCUGGACUGGUUGGAACCCACAUUAAUAAUGAUAGAACCGGUCUUUGUGAGCCCGAUAAAUGAGAAUCUGAUGCAGAGAAACCGUUUGGACCUUAUUUUGCGUCUGUCCAACGAUGUUUACAUGAAAGCUGAAAGAUUUCAGCCGAGUGAUCGUCCCGCGGAGAGGAAGCAGAAUAAAGAACCUGAGCAGUGUAGUUCUCCCUCUGUGGAUCAGAACCGGUCUUUUAUGAAAUUCCUUUUUGUUGAUGUUUUUAGCCAAAUGAUUCCUGACAUCCUGACACCACCACCUAGUGGCCGGUUUUGGCUGUGAAGUGAAGUGCACCCAAUUUAAAAUCAUUUAUGACGUCGUGUUUUUCCGCGUUGGACCAAAAACGUCAUUUUAAGCGUAGAUGUUCCUGAAGUUUAACGGAUCUUUGAGGAGAAACAAGAAAAGUUCGGAAAAUAUCGCAGAAAUCUUCCAAGCUGCUUCUGUUGACCGACUGUGAUUUAGAUGGUUGAUGAGUUUCUGUCUGGAGCUCACUGAGGAAACAAGAACAUUUAGUUUAAAGAAUGUAAGCCCAGUUCUCCCAGACCGACCAGAACAGUUGUUUCAGGAACGUUUCAGAAGAACCGUAAAAGAACGUUUACUUUUGAAUGUAAUAAUUCUGAAAUAUCUUCUAAUCUCCAGCCUGCAGCAGCUUCUCUCACUAAUAUUAAUAAUAAAAUAAUAAUAAUCUUAAUAAAUGAGAUGUGUGUUCCCCUGAUUUCAGAUUUAAUUCCGACUCAGUUUUCCAUAAAUGUAUCCCGACAGGAACUGGUCCCAGUUCUGCAUCAUCGCUCUGUGCCUGUGGUGGUGUUUGGACGAUGGGUUCAGUCGUCCUGUGAUGUGGCUGAUCUGGUUCUGGUCCGUCUGAGGUCCAUGUGUACAUAUCCAGUGAAACCUCUGCUGAUUGGUUGACGCUCGGUUCCUUCUAGUUGUUUUUCUUAACGCAGCUUCCUGCUCCGUACCAUCAGCAGAACAAUGAAAAAAACAUCUUUACCUUUCACAACAAUCACUUCUCCACACUAACUUCUUUCACUUCCUUAUCAGCACUUUAGUUUUUCAAGUUUUCAUCUGGAUGUUUGCCGGGACCAAAGAGUCAAAGACGACAACGUAAAGUUACUGGAUGCCCAAAAACAGGAAAAGUGCAAGUUCUGUUGGUUCUGUCGCCUUAAAGCUUCGCUCACCAAAGGAAAACAGAAAGCAUGUCAUUUACAGAGACACUAACAGAACACUGCCAGCAGGGGGCAGUGUUCUGGAGUUCUUGCGUAGAAUUUGAUCCUGGUCCUCAGUCGAAAACAAGCUACUAAAAUCCAGGUUGGUCUCCGCUUGCUGGCAGCAUCGUGAUCCGAACAUUUCCUUCUCUGUUUUCAUCGUCUGAUUUUCUGUCCGCUUACGCUUCCAUCGAAAUUCUCAUGAUUAUUUAUGUUCUGAAAUUGUUCUGAUUUUUCUUCAGCUGUGACUGUCAUCAAUAAAUAUGGGGACUCAGUUAUUAUUUGUAAAUAAAGUAUAAAUACUGUACGUUC